AUGGAUCUACUUACUGAACUCGAGAACCUAGCCCUCGGGGCUGAGAAUGAGAACAACACUCUCAAGACCAGACUGAUCAAUACCCACAGACCCCCUACUCAGCUCAAGGCACGGAAGCGAGACUACACAACGACCUAUCUCGUGAAACUCGAUGGGCCACUCGUCAGUUCCUCAAAAAUACAAGAGAUUAUAAACGCCUCUCCCAAUUACAGCAUGUCACCGUGUCUUGGCUCCAAUAUUGAUCCCACGCUUCCUCAUCAUCGAGCGCAAUGUAUGGAUCAAAUGUUCCUUCCUGCUCAGAACCAGUACCCCGUUUGGUACUUCUUUCAUGGGACACUUACCGACCCCGAGAUUCUUGCGCAGAAAAUAUCUCUCUUGGAAUUACCGGUUCUGCGACAAGCUGCUGUUAAAGGAGGUAAAAUUAAGAUGUGGGGUGGAAAAUAUAAAGCUCUUGUAGAUGGUUCCUCCUCGGCGAUUGUUGAUGGAUGGGCAUAUGAAGUUAGUUCGGAGGAGGGGGAAGAACAGCUCCGGUACUAUGAGACUGACCAGUAUGAGGCUGUAAGGUGCGAAAUACAUAUGGUGGACAGUGGAGAGGUUGUUAAGGGUCUCACCUUCAGAUUCAUUGACGAUUGA